AUGUCAAAACACUUUAGUGACCUUCCUAGAGAGAUUAUGUUGGAAAUUUUCACAUUUUUAUCAUUACCUCAUCUCGGAACACUUUUAUCUCUCAACAGAUCAAUUCAUGAUGAAUUGGAAAAUUCGUCUAAUUUUUGGAGAAAGUUGUGGAAUGGUUAUUCGAAAGGCGUGGAACAUUAUUCCAUUCCACUUGAUCUUUCCGAUUCAAUGAAGAAACAAUUCGUGGUGCUCAUCUCACAUAAAAAACAAGACAUUAUUUUCAUUAAAAAUUCUAUUCGAAGGUUGAGAAGAGACCUCGAUGAUUGUGAAGUAAUGAUAGAAAUUGGAUUUUCAGAUCCGAAUGAUGAGAUGAUUGAUAGUUAUCGUGAGAAGGCAAAGGAAAUUAAGAAUGAAAUAGAUGAAUGUCAAGCAAAAUUAGAAAUAUUGAAAACUGACUCGGAUAAUUUUGGAAAUUAA